GAAAUUAGGCAGUUGCCAAAUCGGCAUGGGAGGAGACCGCGAGGUUGUACGUGUGUCGGCGCCUGGGAAGCUGCUGCUGCUCGGUGAACACGCUGUGGUCUACGGCUGUCCCGUAGUGGCAGCGGCGCUGUCGGAUCUGCGCAUCAAGGCGGAGAUUACCCGCAUUCACGUACCUGCAGGCAUCGAGCCCUCGAUCGAGUUUUCAUGCAAGGACAUCAAGUCCACGGGUGACAAGCAGCCGCUGCGGCGCACGUACGCGACUUCGGCGCUACAGAAGGUAGUGGCCGGACUCGAGGAUGAGGUCCAAUACGUGCCGACGCCAUCGCAGGAGGUAAUGACGCGUAUCGACGGUGUGUUGGAAGGUGAAACUCCCGAAGAUGCCAAGACUAUGCGAGCCCCGUUGUUCCUGUGCUGCGCUCUGCUCCGUUCGUCUGGAUAUCUGAGCGGCUCUAAAGGAGGGCUUCAUGUGGAGGUGGAAACAUGCGGUCUGCCUAUUGGUGCGGGUCUGGGUUCUUCAGCAGCCAUGUCUGUGGCUCUAUCCGGAGCUUUCGCAGAGCUGUCGGGUAGCUCUCGAAAGCACGAACUGGACUUCAUCAACGAAUAUGCCUUCGGUGCUGAAGUGAUUCUACACGGAUCACCCUCAGGUGCAGACAAUACGGUGUCGUGCUUUGGUGGCACCCUGCUCUUCCAGAAACACCCAGAGCCUUCGUUCGAUCGCAUUCAGUGCCCGCUGAACAAAUUCCGCUUUCUUCUGGUUAAUACGCGCGUGCCCCGUUCCACAAAAGUACAAGUUGCAAAUGUCCGUAAGCGCUACGAAGCAGAUCGUGAAAAGGUACAGAAGCAAUUUGAUACUAUUCAGCAGCUUGUCGAAAAGUUCGUGGCACUCAGUGAGCGGAAGGUGCUUUCUGAGGAAGUACUUGGUCAGGAAAUUGAACACAACCAACAAAUUCUAAGCGAUCUCGGCGUGGGGCAUCCACAAAUCGACGAGGUGGCGCGUAUUUGCAAGCAGUUUAACGGAUCUACAAAGCUGACUGGUGCUGGUGGAGGCGGCUGCACGAUCUCUCUAUUGCCACGCGGCUUGAGUAACGAAGACUUGGCGAAGUUAAUUACCCGGCUGGAAGCAAAGGGUUUCGAGUGCUACGCCAGCUCAAUCGGAGGCCCAGGCUUGAUCCGUGCUUAGAAGCCCUUGGUUUUAGAUAAAGUGGGGGGGGGGGGUAAAUGAACAGAAAGUAACUAAAUCAAGGUUUACUAUGGAUAUGGAA